CUCGUUCUGAUAAGAAUGGCUCAGAUAAAUUGAGUGCCACGGUAUGGUGGAACAUCUUUGGAGAUCCAUCAGCCGGCAGUGGGGGAUGAGGUGAGAGUAUAAAAGGUGAAUUCUUUACUUACCUCGGAUCAUAAACGAUUCACGUUCCGAUUCCUCUUGCUCUUGUUCUUCUUCGUCGAAAGUGUUUUUUUACUGCGAAGAUGAAAACGAUUGUUUUAGCUAUAAUCUUGGGAAUAGCGACGGCGCAGGACCCGAGCUACCGCAACAGUUACAGGGAUGAGGACAGACAAAACUCUCCCAGUAGCGAUGAUAGAAGAUCAUUAUUAUCAACGACGCCCAUUCCGAUCUUGCACUGGAACAAACAGCAAGAGCACGAUGGAACUUACAAAACGAGUUACGAAACGGGAAACAAUAUAAUCGCGGAGGAGAGCGGUUACAUAAAGAAGUUCGGCGAGGGCGCGGAUCAGACCGAGGGGUUGGUCCAACAGGGAAGCUUCUCGUACACGAGCCCGGAGGGGAAGCUGAUCACGACUCACUACACCGCGGACGAGACCGGCUUUCACGCGACCGGCGAUCACAUUCCCACGCCGCCGCCAGUCAGCGAGGAGAUACAGAAAGGCCUCGACCUCAUCUUCGCCGGCAUUCGUCAGCAAGAGGAGGCGGACGCGCGCGAGGCAGCGCAGAAGCUGCAGCAACCGCUGAGUCAACAGAUAGAGCGGCGAGACAAUAACUAUGAUAGAAAAUUUCGGAAAUGAGCUGGCCUGAUACGUGAUCGGCGAGGAACCUAUUGUAUACAUGUAGUUUAAAUCGUAAUUAAAAAACAAUGUAAGAUA